AUGGGCGCAGCACAGACGUCGGUGGAGGGACUGCUGAAUCAGAUGCGACAGCAGGUGGCAACGUCGCCAGUCUGGAGUAUCGACCUCAGCGCAUUGCUGGAGCGCUGCUCCACCGUCGGGGGCCACUCACCUCCGUCGCAGGAGCAACUCCUUUGCCGCGUGGCCGCCACUCUCGCCAGUGUAUUGAGUGCCGUUGAGGCGCCAUCGGUGGCAGCGCUCAGCGUCACGCUGCCCACACCGGGGGCAGCCAUGACAGUGCUGCAGCUGUGUCGAACCACACCCCUCCUCUCCUCACUAGAGUCACUGGAGCUCGUGGUGGACACUGCAGCAGUGAACACCCUGCAGAACAGCAUGGAAAGUUCGGGUGGACACGAGGUGGCGGCGCUGCUGCGGGAGCUGGCCGCGUACCAGCGGCGCAACGCUGGUCAGUCUUGCUGGACGUCACUCAGUGUCCGGUCACGCGACACGAGUGCGCCCAGUGUCCUUACUGUGAGCUCGCAUGCACAACAGCAGCGUCGCGCUGUGCAACGGAUGUGGGACGACACCGUGGUGAGCGCUUUGUCGGAGCUCGUGGCAACGGCGCCGUGGACUCGAGUGGCACUUUGUCAUAUCGACCUCACUCCUUGCAGUUUCAGGACUCGACAGCGGCUUUGGGCAUCGCUCGAUAGCGUUCACGCUUCCCUCACUGUGUUGGACUUGACUGGGAUGCGACACGCUCACGAGUUCAUCGCUUCCAGGCAGCUGUGCCACCUAAUCCGCCUCUCCUAUCUUGAUUUCAGCCACACGCAGCUCUCGGAAGACGCCGUAGAGCGCUUGCUGAGGGAUGUGCUGGAUGGCGUCGGUGGGUGGUGGCUACUGCAGCAUCUAGGCCUGGCGCAGUGCGAGGUGAGUGAGGCCGUCGUGCUGCUUCUCCACAAUCAGCACGAGCAGCAUGCAAAAGGGGAGGCACCGCUUCUGGAGUCGUUGAACGUGUCGGGCGCUCGCCUGUCAUGUCGUGCCGCCUUCGUCAUGGCGAUGUGUCUGGUGCAGUGCCCGCGACUGCGCCACCUUCAGACGCGCCACUGCCGUCUCCAACCCGCCAGUGUUGAGGACAUGGCAGCAGGACUGCAACAUGCCACAGAACUGCAAACGUGGGUUCUGUGCUUCAACAAGUUCGGCGACGAAGGAGUCGCGGCGCUCACCAAAUAUGCGCGGUGUUGGCCCUCACUCACGGAUAUGGACCUCUCACGGUGCCGGCUAACUUGUGCUAGCGUACACGCCCUCAGCCGCGCGCUUCCUGAGUGGAACAAGCUGCAGUCGUUGCGGCUGGUGGGCAACGACUUGCGGUGGAAGCCACCACAGGCGCUGUCUUCGUCGUCGUCGAGCGGAGUGGAAAGCAGCAGGGACGGGAGGGACACGAGCGGUCUCUUUGCCUACGACCCGGCCUAUAUGAAGACCCACGGCAGCAGUGUCAAGGUGCCCACCUCCUACGAGCUCGAGCGCCGUGACCGGAAGGAGGGCCGUCAGCGCUACAAGGGAACGGAGGAGCUCGCCGAGGUGACGGUGCCGGUUGCACCGCCGCUGGAGGCGCUUGGCGAAGCGCUUUCCAUGUGCUCGCAGCUGCGAGUGCUAGACUUGAGUGACUGCGCCAUGGCAGACGCGCAGCUCGUGCAACUCUCCACCCACUUCACUGGGGCCUCGCUGGAGGAGCUGCGGCUGGCUUCCAACCCCCUCUUCGCCACUGUGCCAGCGCUCGACGCCCUGGUCGAGGUGCUGUGGCGCACGCCUAACCUCUCCGUGCUGGACCUCUCCUUUACCGCACUCGGCGACCUAGGCGUGUCGAUGAUGUGCGACGGCACUGCUGGAGUAGACGGUGGUGUGCUGAAGGCUAUGCCUGGGUUGCACACCCUGCUGCUGUCUGGCUGCGCUGUCGAGUCGCUCGGCUGGGAGUCGCUGGCAGCGGCGGUGAGUCAGCUUACGUCGCUACGCCACAUCGCCUUGCACCACAAUCGCGUGUCCGAACUGGCGCUGCUCGAGGAACUGUUGCGGCAGCUUGUCACGGUGUCCACCCUUCGGUCGGUGAACCUGGCAUGGUGCGUGGACUCUACCGAAGUCGUGCGCCGCUUACAAGACUGUGCCGAGUGCCGUGCCCUCCGCAAGCGCGGAGUGCAAGUUCUUCUCUGA